CGCGCGCGUUCGCCGCGCGACGCUUCGACGGACGCGACGGACGCGCGCGCGCGCGUCUUCAGCGCGCGCGUCGUCGUCGCGUGCGCGAUCGCGAUCGCGAUGGCGUCCGGACGCGCCGGGACGCCGGCGGCGACGCUCGGGACGCUGCGCGCGCACGACGCGAAGCGCGCGCUCGCGGUGGAUCGGUUGAUCCUGGGGGCGUCGCCGCUGGCGGGAAUAUACCGCGGCGUCGACGCGAGCGAGGCCGCGGCGACGGUGCGCGCGGCGCUCGACGUCGGGUUCACGCGGUUCGACACGGCGCCGCACUACGGGUUGGGGCUGAGCGAGACGCGCCUGGGCGAGGCGCUGCGAACGCACGCGAAGAAGGCGGUGAAGGUGUACACCAAGGUGGGAAGGGUGAUGAAACCGAUGGAUGAAGUGACGGAAAGCGAACGCGAGUCGGUGGUCGAGUGGGGGAACGUGCCGGGAAACGACGGGUGCAUAUUUCCAGACGCCCCGCGAGACGUGUUGCCCGUGCUCGAUUAUUCCGCGAAUGGGUUCGUGCGAUCGCACGCCGAUAGUUUAAACAGGCUUGGGAUUGAUAGAAUAGAGGGAUUGAGGAUUCACGACGCCGAGACGCCCGAAAGGUUCGAGGCGGCGACGACCGGGGGCGGCGUGCGCGCGUUGACGGCGCUUCGCGACGCGGGAACCAUUUCAGAGGUAUCGCUCGGGAUGAACGACGCCUCGUACGUGUUGCGAAUGAUUCGCGAGAAUCCCCCAGGAACGUUCGACUCGGUCAUGAUGGCCGGUUCGUGGAACUUGCUCGAUCAAGACGGUCUCGAAGUCUUGCUCGAGUGCCAAGCGCGAAACAUCAAGGUGCACAACGCCGGCGUCUUCGCCAGCGGCGUCCUCGUCGGCGGUUCGCACUACAAGUACGGCCCCGCUCCCGACGAGAUCAAGCGGCGCACCGAAAAGUGGAACGUCUUGGCGCGCGCGUACGACAUCCCUCUCCCCGCCAUCGCCCUCGCCUUCGCCCUCACUCCCGAAGUCGUCGACUCGUGCGCCGUCGGCGUCAAGUCCCCCGACGAGGUCGCCCAAUCCGUCGCCUGGCUCGCCGACGCCGCCCGCGUCCCGCGCCAGCUUUGGCUCGACGCGUUUUCUCAAGGUUUACUCGCGUGGAUCCCGUCCUAGGCCCUCGUUCGUC